AUGGAACCAACAAAAACGACAAGAAAACGCGUCUCCAGAGCUUGUAACCUCUGUCGCGCGCGCAAAGUACGUUGCAUUAUUGAGGAUCCUUCUGGUCCUUGUGUCAAUUGUAGACAUAACGACAAGGUCUGUACAUUUAAGCGACGACAUGGAAUAAUAUCAUCAACUCCUCAAUUACGACCGAAUGGACCGUUACCUCCCCGACCCGAUACCGAGAAACCCGCUGAACCCUCAUUCCAACAACCUCUACCUAUAACACCGACUAUAACAACAACAAUACCACCUCCCGCAUCGAUCGUCUCUACUUCAUCUUUUCCCGAAUCAUCUGCUUCUCAGAAUAUCGCUCCUUUGUCGGGAUCGCCAUGUCAUCCCGACUACGCCUUUCUUCAGGUCCCCGACACCAAAGACAUUUUACCUCAAGACCUUGCAUUUCUUGUUAGUCAAGGAUGUUUUAUCGUUCCGCAACGAGCUGCGCUGGAUGAUUUCUUGAGGCAGUAUUUUUUGCAUGUACAUCCGAUGCUUCCGAUAUUGAACGAAAAAGACUUUUGGCUUUCGUAUAAUUCGGUGGAUGGGCAUGUGGAAUACGAGAUGCCUAUGCUAGUUUUGCAAGGCAUAUUAUUUAUUUCUUCUGGUUUUGUAUCUGCCGAAACAAUUAAAAUGCUAGGCUUCCCCGAUGUCCAUCAAGCCAAACUUGCAUUUUACCGUCGAGCCAAGCUUCUCUACGACUUUAGUUGCGAAAAAUCAUGUAUCGCUAUAUCCCAAGCAUCCCUCCUUCUCGCCCACACUCAUCUCAUCCCCCGCUGCAUCGCAGGUAAUAAACCCUUGGGCUCAAUUUGGCUCGGCAUCGCCAUAUCCUACGCCCGUGUCGCCAAAGCCCACUGCUACUCUUCCCUCCGCCCGAGCCGAGAUACAGAAGUCGCCAAGGUGCAGAAAGCACGUAACACGCUUAAACGACUUUGGUGGUGCUGCAUUAUCUGCGACAGAUUGCUACCACUCACUUCAAGACAAAAUAUAAAAAUCACGCCGGCCAAUUUCAGUUUCUCUGGUUGUUCGGUCCUUGGAAGCGCUGAUCUUUGCGAUGAGUUGUAUAGUUCUGAUGUCUAUGACUCUACUACGAAAACACUACACGCGGAACUUUUGGCGAAAUUGGUGGAUCUUUGCGUUGUGUUGACAGACGUUUUGACGGUUGUUUCAGUUCUUUAUAAUAAUCCAUCGUGGAUGCUUUCCGGAAGAAUGGAAGUAGCCAAGGAUGCGAGUUUGUGUCAGAUUGAGUUGAAGAGGUGGUAUAAUGCAUGGACCGAGACAAAAGCAACUCUAGAGGAGAGGAUGGCCGAAGAUGGGUCACAGACUGAGUCUAUCAUUUUGUUCAAGAAUCUCAUCGAGAUGUAUUAUCACUCUGCUCGAUUAUCUGUCUGCCACUACAAUAUCCUCCGAUCCAGUUUGUUACCGCCAUCUCAAUCAGAAGUCCAACUCCGACGACAAAGUGAAGAUCUUCAAGGUUCGGCAUCGCGCGUGACAGAAUGUCUUCUCGAGUUUGACCGUCUGGGUUUGUCACGAUGGCUUCCAAUGACAGCCAUCGGAUGCACAGCCUUUCCUCUAGCACUUCAAAUGAUCGAUGUCGAACUUCUCCGCCCUAAGCAAAAGUCCAUCACCCAAGAAGGUUGCAUCCUGACGCGAAAACAACAACACGUCGAUAAUCUAGUAAAACAGAUGAAGAGCUACAAGAACAAGUAUUACAUCACAGAUUGGGUCAUGCGCGCUAUUCGACAUGUUGUUGAACUCGCUCAACAGAGAUCACCUGCACCUUUCACGACAGAAGGUGAUUCAUCGCCGAGCAGUUAUCUUGAUAUGCUCAAGAACAGACCAAGUUAUUACUUGAGGCUUGUCAUGACUCUUGAUAUGAGUAUCAGUAAUGGACGAUUACCGGAUGAGUGUGAUUUUCCACCGUCGUUGAGAAAGGCUGGUCGUUCGUUUGCGAGAUCACAACCACCUUCCAUGCUGACAUUGGACGACGAGACGAGCAAACGCUUUUCUGCAAUGAACAAGGAUCUCAUACCAGACAAUCUCACAACUCAAAGCGGUAUCGGUUCAGCUGAUUUACAAGAUCAAGUCCAAGCACAAGACGCCAUCACGAUAGAUCAGGAAUCAUUCUUCAACAACAAACAGUCGUUCCCGGUUGACCUUACAGCUGCAUUAUGCGAGAUUACGAAUAUCCCACCAUUGGAUUUUAGUGAUAUGCCAUUAUUGGACUCGUCACACUUUAAUGACCCUGGCGGCUUACCUUUCUGGCCUUAUGAUUUGCUUGGUUCCCCACCGGAUAAUAUGGCACAGGCGGACGAUGUUAGAAUGGAGGAUAUCUUUUCUGGGAUGAUGGGAGUCACGAAUGAAGAGCAUGACUUUGAAGAUGUUACUGUUCAGAGUGGUGGGCUGGUUACUUUGUCAGUGGAUUCUUUUUAG